CAUCGUCGCCGUUGUUCUCAGCCCGAGCAGCCUUUGAUGUUCUCAGCGGCUACAAGCGCAGGCGAGCCGAUGUCUUCUUCAGCUGUGCCUAAUCCAAACUCCGACGGCAAUUCAGAGGCAGCAGGUCUACUACGACAGAGCGUGCUCUUCAUCUCCAGACAGCCUGGAGUUUGGCCCUGGCAUGGAGCUCGCCGGCUCAGAGGAGGAUGAACAUGUCAGGGUCCCCGGAGCCCCACACCAGCCGGGACACUGUCUCCAGUGGGCUUGCAAGGCCUGCAAGCGCAAGUCCAGCUUUGUCGACCGCAGACGGGCUGCCACCAUGCGUGAGCGCCGGCGGCUGAAGAAGGUCAACCACGCUUUUGAGGCACUGCGGCGCUGCACCUCAGCCAACCCCAGCCAGCGUCUGCCUAAGGUGGAGAUCCUGCGCAAUGCCAUCCAGUACAUCGAAAGCCUGCAGGAGCUGCUACGAGAGCAGGUGGAAAACUACUACGGUCUACCUGGGGAGAGCAGCUCUGAGCCAGGGAGCCCGCUUUCCAGCUGCUCUGACGGCAUGGCUGGCAGCAACAGUCCAGUGUGGCAACAGUUGAAUGCAAACUACAGCAACAGCUAUUCGUAUGCAAAGACUGAGAGUUUGGGCGACAAAACAGCCGGAGCCUCCAGUCUCGAGUGUCUCUCCAGCAUUGUGGACCGUCUCUCCUCGGUGGAGUCCAGCUGUGGACCGGCUUCUCUGAGAGACAUGGCCACCUUCUCCCCCGGCAGCUCCGACUCGCAGCCCUGCACGCCGGAGAGCCCCGGAUCCCGGCCCGUGUACCAUGUCCUGUGAAAGAAAACCUCUCUUGGACGUGGAUAUAUUGCCACAGGCGGCCGCUGUGCCUUUACCCAACACCAGCUGCAUUUUCAACAAGAAGAGAUAAGAACAAGCUUUUGUGUAAAUCUGAAGGAGGCUCAGCAGAAUCUGAGGACCUGUGGCAAGAAGCUUUUAUAUUGUACAUGAGACUGUAAAUAUGUAAUGUAAAUGCCCAUUUAUUCUAUACAUGCUGUUAUACCCAAUGAGACAUA